GACACGCAUCAACUCGUGCACGUCAGCUCGCGCGUUCAUGCAGGCUCAGCAGCAGCGGCAGCGGCAGCAGCAUUGUCCCGCACAGUCCGAGCAAACGGCGUUGAGCUCAGGACAGAUCCCGCACCCUCUCACUGCAACAUGGCAACAGAGUUUCAUAACCUCCAGGACAUGCUGCAGACUGCAUCGCUGGUAACAAAGGUGUUCAUACAGCGAGACUACAGCGAAGGAACCGUGUGCCGAUUCCAGACCAAGUUCCCCACAGAGCUCGACAACAGGAUAGAGAAAGCCCUGCUUGAGCAGACAGUAAAGACCCUGAACUCUUAUUAUGUGGAGGCGGAAAAAGUUGGAGGUCAGUCAUACCUGGAAGGAUGCCUGGCUUGUGCAACAGCGUACAUCGUCUUCCUCUGCAUGGAGACGCGCUAUGAGAAGGUCUUGAAGAAGAUAUCAGGCUACAUCCAGGAGCAGAAUGAGAAGAUCUACGCUCCGAGAGGUCUGCUGCUCACAGACCCCAUAGAGAGAGGAAUGAGGGUUCUAGAGAUUAGCGUGUUUGAGGGCCGGGGAUCAAGCGGAUCCAGUCCCAGCAGCAGCAUGUCAUCGUGUAGCACUGCUCAGUGACUGGAGGGGCAGUGCCAGGGUUACGGGUACCACCACAGGGGCAGCGGGACACUCACCAACAUCCGCAUGCUGAAACAUGAGAGCACCAGGUUCUGAAGACAAGCAGAAAGACAAAAAGCCAAGGAGCUCACCAAGGCAAAAACCCAGGACAACACUGAUCCAGAAAAAAACAUAGUUUGGAUUUUAUGAGAAAGGAAAGAAAGAGAAAAAGAAAAGAAAAAUAUUUUCUGCUGGACCUUCCAGAACUGCGGCCUGUCUACAUAAAACACAACGAUGAGCAUCAAAGCCUGGAAAUAUGUGCUUAAAACGUCACUUCAGAUCUGCUGACUCAUGGUCUUGCCCAGUCGGGGUUCUCGUGGAGUAACUUGCGCCUGCUUAUCCCCGAGUCUUGUCUUAAGGAGAGUGGAAACCCAGAAACCCGACACCUUCAGACUCAUGGUUCUUGCUCUCUACCUCUAAGCCCAUCCUCUCAAGGAGAACCAUCGGACCCAACUCAGAGGAAUAUUCACCUGCCUGUCCACCCUCCAUCGUUCGCCUCAAGUCACAGCGGAGUUUUUUUCCCCGCGGAAGAAAGGACAGUUUUCUAACUGGAGAUCACGGGAACUAGUCGGCUCACUGCCAGCCAACCACAGACGCUGUGGGGAAGGACUUAUUCUCGUACCUCCUUACCCAGCCUCUCACUGAGUAAGUCCAUCUAACAAAUCACUAACGGCAAGAUUUUUUCCCCUGAGUCUGGACCCGUCUACAUUUGUUUUUUGCCUGCCUAGAUAACUCCAGUAUUGACCCACUUACCCAGUUCCUGGUUCCCGUUCAUCCUUGCAUCUACUGUUUGAAAAUAAACUGCUUCAAAACUU